AUGGACGUAUCGAGUUCCCUCAAACUCAAACACUUGAAAAGUAAAGCGGUCGAACAACUACACAUGUUUGUUCAGUCUACCGAUGAAGUACUUUUAUGUGUUUUUAAUACGGACGAAAAUAACUGGAUACCAUUUGAUCAAAAUGUUGAAGAUUAUUUACUAAACGAAUUAGGCAUUGCGAAUGAUUCAUAUAUUUGUAUCGAUAUUCAAUCAAAUAUAACACCAGGUGUGUGUGGUCUCAAUAAUACGGGAAAUACUUGUUUCAUGAACUGUGCAAUUCAAUGUUUAAGUAAUGUUCCUCAAUUAACUGAUUAUUUUCUAAAGUUAAAGGAACCUGUUAAUCCUCUGAUUGACGCCUAUAGUCAGUUGAUGAAAUCUAUGUGGUCAGGACAUUAUUCAUUGUUAACGCCAGAACCGUUCAUUGCUCUUGUUAGAGAAACAUUUCCACGCUUUACUGAGUGGAAGCAACACGAUGCACAAGAAUUUAUGAACUAUUUGAUUGACAUGAUGCACACAGAAGUACCUCUAGUGAAGGACUUAUUUUACGAUCGAAUAAAUUCAACAGUUCGAUGUCUUGUGUGUAAUUCAGUCGAAUCAAAAACAGAACCAAUCAGUUUUCUUCCAUUACCAUUACCUAUUACAGAAAAAAAAUCAACAUUACGUAUGUUUGAAAUUGAUUAUAUAAAACUAAACGGUGACAUUGAAUAUUAUUCAGUUGAAACGAGAGAGAAUGGUACAAUUUUGUCAUUGAUUCAGAGUCUGAUUGAUCACUGUUUGAACAUGAAUUUGACAGACAUUCCUGAUACUGAUAGAAUAAUAGCAGCAAAAGUGUCGAAUAAUCGACAGAUAAGGAAAUAUUUCCAGGAUGAAUACUUAUCUUGGAUAAUCGGAAAUCAAAUGACUUUAUUUGAAGUACCUCAAAUGAUCGAUCCAUAUCACCAAAUUUACACACCAUGCUUGUUUUUCGACAAGGAAACGUCUUCUUACUUUCGUCCUCCUAUCUUCUUAGUCCGUGUCAGAUAUAACUGUCAGGGACAAGACUUGCUGUCACAACUAGAAAGCAUCAUACAACACAUCAUAUCGGUGGUUGGAGAGACGACUGUCGAGAUUUUCUGGACAAGCGAUAUAUUCAGUGAAAAACGCCGUCUACAACAAUAUUUGAACGAGACAAUAUACUUUAUUGAUUCGGUUAUCAUUGACGUAUCAAAUUCAACUGCGAGAAAAUAUAUUCAAUCCAAACACAAUAGCACUAAAAAUUCACUGAGCACAUUAAUCGAAAAUUUUUUGAAAGAAGAUGAUUUAGAUGGUAGAUAUGAUUGUUCCACAUGUAAAAAACUGACAACAGCUAAACAACAAACGAAUUUGUGCUUUCCAUUACCACCUAUUGUCAUCAUCCAAUUAAAACGAUUUAUAUAUGAUGCAUAUUCAAAUGAUAAGAUUGAUACAUUAAUCGAUUAUCCAGUCAAUAGUUUUAGUUUCGGACAAGAUGGGAUACUCUACGAUCUAAUUGCUGUGCUUACUCAUAAUGGGUCCCUAUCGAGUGGACAUUAUGUGACAUAUGCAAAAAAUUAUCAAAAUCAACAGUGGUAUUCGUUUAAUGAUGAUUACGUGAAUCAGAUUAAAGAUGAACGAGAAUUGGUGACAAAAAAUGCAUAUGUGCUUAUCUAUUCAAGAAAAAAUAUUGUUACAAAUUAA